UUUAUUAGAAAAAAAAUUAUUCAGGAAUAUUUUAAAUGUAUUCUAAAGUUUUGUUGCUUUUGGCCUGUAUAAUCGCCGUAACCGAACAAGCAAGAGAUGUUCGAUGCUUUCCUCCAGUGAACUUCUAUUCAACACAUGGAUGUGUUCAAGAUAGUACCAGCCAAAAUCCAAACUAUGACUGCUUGGGAGGCCAUUUUGUGAGAACUGCUGGAAUUGGAAUGCCUUGCGAAACAGACCAAGAUUGUAUUCACAACAUGGAACCCAAUGAGUGGUGUAACUCUGAAAGAAAUGGCUACCAAUGGACAACUGCCGGCUGUCACUGUGACAUGAAGCUUAAGUCUUGCAUUGUUCAGAGGUUUGACAAGAGCUAUAACGAAAUUCAAUGGGCUUUCUGUACACCAAGAAAUCGUUUCAAGUGCGAAGUUUUGGACCAUUGCUCACCACCAAAACAUUAAACUACGAGUUUCGAAUUGAAUAAAUAAUUAAAAUUU